GCCUUUGCAUACCUAUAUCCUCCUCCUUUUUUUCUCUUUAUAUCUGUGAAGAAGAAGAAGGCGCAUGAAGUAUUAGAAGAAGAAAAAAAACAGUCUUCUUUCAACUUUUAGGUAGUAGGAAUUAAUUAAAGAGAGAGAGAGAGAAAUAUUUGCACAGAGUCAUUAAGAGGUUCUAACGAAUUACCCACAAUCUAGGAAACCCUCGUUUAAAAUUUAAUUCAAUUCAAUUCAUUCAUCUUUUUUUUUCUUUUUGCUGUGUGGUUGAUUUUCCCGGGAAAAUUGGUGUAUCAUCUGUUUCCUGCGGUAGCUAAAAGUUCCUUCUUUUUUUCUUGGUGAGGAGUCAUGGGCUUCUUGUCUACAUAGCUUCUUCUAAGAAAGUUGUUUCUCCUCAAAUCUUUUUGUAGAAGAUCUGUCGCCUUUUCACCUUUGUUCCAUUAAAGCUCAAAGCUUUACGAUUCCAACAAUGGAGGAAGUAUCUCCGGCGGUUGCUAUGCCUUUCAUGCCAUUCCCCGAGACCCCCCAGAUGGAGCUCGCAGGGAUCAUGCUGGGUAAAGGCUACUGCAACGGCCAAUACUCAGCUCAAGAUUCCGACAACAACGGCGAGACUUCUUCGUGUUCUGUUUCUGGAGCUCAAUCUAGAAUAGUUUCGGCAUCAUCAUCAUCAUCCGGAGAAGGGAUCAACGGCUCGGACGAGAGAUCGACGGUUCAGAGCGAGAAGAAGAUGAUAAGCAGAACGGAGAGCAGGAGCCUGUUCGAGUUCAAGAGUGUGCCUUUGUACGGUUUUACUUCGAUCUGUGGGAGAAGACCGGAGAUGGAAGAUGCUGUCUCCGCGAUACCUAGGUUCCUUCAAUCUCCGACCAAUUCGCUGGUGGAUGGUCGGUUCAAUCCUCAGUCAACCGCUCAUUUCUUCGGUGUCUACGACGGACACGGCGGAUCUCAGGUUGCGGAGUAUUGUAGAGAGAGGAUGCAUCUGGCUUUAGCUGAGGAGAUGGCCAGGGAGAAUCCGACGCUCUGCGAUGGCGACACGUGGCAGGAGAAGUGGAAGAGGGCUUUGUUCAACUCGUUCCUCCGCGUUGACUUGGAGAUCGAGUCGGUGGCCCCGGAGACGGUUGGGUCAACCUCGGUGGUCGCUGUCGUUUUCCCGACUCAUAUCUUCGUCGCGAAUUGCGGCGACUCCAGAGCCGUUAUUUGCCGUGGCAAAACUGCUCUCCCUUUGUCCACUGACCACAAGCCGGAUAGAGAAGAUGAAGCGGAGAGGAUUGAAGCAGCCGGAGGGAAAGUGAUCAGGUGGAACGGAGCUCGUGUCUUUGGUGUUCUCGCCAUGUCAAGAUCCAUUGGCGAUAGAUACUUGAAACCGUCGAUCAUUCCUGAUCCGGAAGUGACGGCUGUGAGGAGAGUUAAAGAAGAUGACUGUCUCAUUCUGGCGAGUGACGGUGUUUGGGAUGUAAUGACGGAUGAGGAAGCGUGCGAGAUGGCGCGGAAGCGGAUUCUCUUGUGGCACAAGAAGAACGCGAUGGCUGGAGAUGCGUCGUUGCUCACGAAUGAGAGGAGAGGGGAAGGGAAAGAUCCGGCCGCAAUGUCCGCAGCUGAGUACUUGUCAAAACUGGCGUUACAGAGAGGGAGCAAAGACAACAUCACCGUGGUGGUGAUUGAUUUGAAGCCUCAGAGGAAAUUCAAGAGCAAGCCCUUGAAUUGAAGGAGAUGGUCCUUUUCUUCUCUUUUUUAAUCACUGAAUAUGGGUCUCUCGCAUUAUAAUUUGUGUUUUUUUUUAAAUUAAUUUUUAACUAACAUUAUAAAUUUACAAUCGUAUGAUAUAAUGUAGCUUAAAGUGUUAAGCUCUUCUUAGCAUAUCCUAAAAGCCCCUUGUAUUUUUCUUCCCGGGCUAAUUGUAAUAUGGUUACAAACUUACAAUAUUCAUUAAUUAUUGUUUAUCCAAAUAAAUUUCAAUA